AUACAACUGAAGGUUAUGGCCCCUCUGUGUGAGAAGGCAAGUCACCCCGUCACACUGCAGCCGGAAAUCGGUACGCACGCCAAAGAUGUCGCCGAACCCGAAUUGGCCUCUCACACCCUCGUCUCUCUGGCUGAAAAGGAACCUGCAAAAGAGGACGAAGACCCGUGGAAUCUGCCCGAGCUCCAGGACAACGGGGUGAAAUGGUCAGAUCUGAACACGAGGGGGAAAGUUCUCCGGGUUCUGACGUCCACUUUAAAGUUCGUUCUUCUGCUUGGCUUCCUCUACAUGUUCGUAUGUUCUCUGGACGUCCUAAGCUCAUCUUUUCAACUAGUAGGAGGAAAGGCUGCUGGUGAUAUCUUUAAAGACAAUGCAGUACUGUCUAACCCUGUGGCUGGACUGGUCAUUGGAGUUUUGGUCACUGUUCUGGUUCAGAGCUCAAGCACCUCCUCCUCCAUUGUGGUCAGCAUGGUUUCAUCUGGACUGUUGGAGGUAAGGUCCGCAGUACCAAUCAUAAUGGGUGCUAAUAUCGGCACUUCUGUGACAAACACCAUCGUAGCUGUGAUGCAAGCGGGAGAUCGCAAUGAAUUCCGCAGGGCGUUUGCUGGUGCCACUGUCCAUGACUUCUUUAACUGGCUGUCUGUGUUGGUGCUGUUGCCUCUUGAGGUGGCCUCAGGGUUCCUCUUCAAACUCACCAAACUUAUCAUCGACUCCUUUGAUAUCCAGACUGGCGCAGAUGCUCCAGAUCUGCUGAAGGUCAUUACUGAACCCCUCACCAAGAACAUCAUAGAGCUGGACAGUUCUGUUAUCAGUGGAAUCGCAACUGGAGACCCUGCCGCCCAAAAUAAAAGUCUGAUUAAGAUCUGGUGUAAAACUCAGAAGGUCACGAACCUUGUGAACAUUACAGUCCCUGGAAUUGCAAACUGUACUCCUGAUGCCUUAUGCUGGGUGGAGAACAACCAAACCUGGACUGAACAAAACCAGACAGAAACCUUCAACUUAAAAAAAUGUGCUCAUAUAUUUGUGCACGCUAAUCUCCCGGACCUGGCGGUUGGUUUGAUUUUGUUGGCUCUGUCGUUGCUGGCUCUGUGUACCUGUCUCAUUCUCAUCGUCAAACUGCUGAACUCCAUGCUGAAGGGUCAGGUGGCCAUCGUCAUCAAAAAGGUGCUCAACACAGAUUUUCCCUUCCCCUUCGGCUGGUUGACCGGUUACCUCGCCAUCAUUGUUGGAGCAGGAAUGACCUUCAUUGUUCAGAGCAGCUCUGUCUUCACCUCUGCCAUCACUCCACUCGUUGGCAUUGGUGUUAUUAGCAUUGAAAGGGCUUAUCCACUUACACUGGGCUCCAACAUUGGCACAACAACCACAGCUAUUCUAGCUGCUUUGGCCAGUCCAGGAGAGACACUGGCUAACUCACUACAGAUUUCUCUCUGCCAUUUCGUCUUCAAUAUCUGUGGUAUUUUACUAUGGUACCCCAUUCCCAUCACCCGCAUCCCUAUCCGAUUGGCCAAAGCUCUGGGCAACCACACGGCCAAUUACCGCUGGUUCGCUGCCCUGUACCUCUUCUUGUGCUUCUUCCUCUUCCCACUAUCGGUCCUCGGCCUCUCCAUCGCAGGGUGGCAGGUUUUAGUGGGCGUAGGCGUGCCCGUUUUAGUCCUGCUGGUCUUUGUGAUUGUGGUGAACAUCAUGCAGAGCCGCUGCCCGCGUUUCCUGCCCUCAUGCCUCCGCAGCUGGGACUUCCUGCCCAAACCGCUGCAUUCCUUUAAACCCUGGGACAGACUGGUCACGAUGGCCAUGACCUUCUGCAGAACUCGCUGCUGCUGCUGCUGCAAGUGUUGCAAUGAUGAAGAAAAAGACGAGUUGAAAGAGGACAAAAGUUUAGAGGUGUAUGACAAUCCAGCACUCACUAUAGAAGAUGAGGGAAAAGUGUUUGCAACCAGUUUGUAAUGUUUAAAUGGAUAAUUGUUAUUAAUUUAAUGUGGUAAUAUUUUGUAACGUUUUCUAAUGAUUGCAGGCUGGCUACAGUAGAACCAUUACUUCACAACAUGAGUAGCGCAAGAUAUGAUUCUGCAGAUUAUUGAAUUAUAAAGUGAAGCUGCUUGUCACUUUGUUCGGUUCCAAUUAUGCUGCAUUCACGUCGCGUCAGAAUUAUUUUAUGAGGUAUUUAUUUCAUUUUACUUUGACAACAGCAAAAUAAUUUGGUGCUACAAUUUAUUAAAUGUUAUAGCUCUUGAAAAAGCGGUUCCUUUAAAUUACAUCACAAUAGUUGAGUGUUCAUAAUAUUGAACAUGAUUAGGGUUAGACAACUUGUACUUUUUAUGUCUGACAGUGAUGUUUUUACAAUCAGAAAUGUAUUAUGAUGUGAAGAUGAUUGCACUAUACAUGUGAAUAUUCAGUUUUUUUUUCGUUGUUUCAGUGUCAGUGUUCACUUAUAGACUAGUUUGCCGGUAAGCAAACUCAUGAAAAAUGCAAUCCCUUAAUAGUAACGUUGCAAAAGGUGUUGUUUGUUAUGUCUUGACUAUGUAAACAUGUUUAUGUUUUUAGAUAUUUGUAAAGAUAAAAAUUGAGAAUUUUUAAA